UUUGGAGAAACAGCUACUCUGACUUGGAAUUUGCAUGGGUCUCGAAACAAAGAUUUUUUUAUCAGAAACGAUUUUAUGAGAGAAAAUGUGAUUCACUUCACGAACUACAACAAAGUCAAUAUUACUAGAAAGAAAUCAAGAGUGGAAUUCACUGGAAACAUAACAUCCUCAGGAACUGGUCUCUUCAGCUUCGUGAUCAGUAGCGCUGACGACCAUGACUUUGGUCAGUACAGCUGCUACCUUGGUUCACCACAACGUCCAGGAACAAAGAUUCCCAACUGUGGGCAACAGCUAGUUGUGAUACGAGUUCAAGAACCUUAUAUCGAGGGCCCGGAAAAGGCAUCCUUUGGCGGUUCUGUUAAUCUGACAUGCAACACCUUUCUGAAAAGUUACCCCAGUUUGAACCUGCCCAUGUCCUUUGUCUGGAUGAGGAACUGAAUGAGUGUGGAGAAUGGAGGCAGGCAUCAGUUGGUUUCUGGUAGCAGGAGAUGUAGAGGCGGGCGAUGCAUGAACAGCACUCUGACUAUCGUUGGCGUGACAAGGAAGGACAGAGUAGACAUAUACUCUUGUCAGACAGUGGUCGGGGACAAUAUACUCACAGACCAGAGUGUGGAGUAUGUCCUUGGUGUGUCA